GAUUUUUCUUUUAAGGGUUUGAAGUUUCUGUGCUUCAGUGACUGUUACAGAAGAAGAGGUGCUAGUGUUGCCGUGAGGUCUUGAUUGUCAGCAUUUAUGAAUGAAACUGACCUAAAUCACCUGUUACCUCCAGUUUCCAGAUUCUUUGAACUUCUCUGGCCGCACAAUACAGGAAGGAAGAAGACUAAAGCAGCAGAGGGAACGGCAGCUCCUGCAGCAUGGGCUGGUUCACUGGGAUUGUCUGUCUGUUCUGGGGAGUAUUACUUACAGCAAGAGCAAACUAUCAAAACGGAAAGAACAAUGUACCAAGGCUGAAACUAUCCUACAAAGAAAUGCUGGAAUCCAACAAUGUGAUUACUUUCAAUGGCUUGGCCAACAGCUCCAAUUACCAUACUUUUCUUUUGGAUGAGGAACGGAGUAGGCUGUAUGUUGGAGCAAAGGACCACAUAUUUUCAUUCAACCUGGUUAAUAUCAAGGAUUUUCAAAAGAUUGUAUGGCCAGUAUCUUACACCAGAAGGGAUGAAUGCAAGUGGGCUGGCAAAGAUAUCUUGAAAGAAUGUGCUAACUUCAUCAAGGUCCUGAAGGCUUAUAAUCAGACUCAUUUGUACGCCUGUGGAACUGGAGCUUUCCAUCCAGUUUGCACCUAUAUUGAAGUUGGACAUCAUCCUGAGGACAACAUUUUUAAACUUGAGGACUCACAUUUUGAAAAUGGCCGUGGGAAGAGUCCUUAUGACCCUAAACUUUUGACAGCAUCUCUUCUAAUAGACGGAGAAUUAUACUCUGGAACUGCAGCUGAUUUCAUGGGGCGGGACUUUGCCAUCUUCCGCACACUUGGACACCACCACCCAAUCAGGACAGAGCAGCACGAUUCCAGGUGGCUCAAUGAUCCAAGAUUCAUCAGUGCCCACCUCAUUCCUGAGAGUGACAACCCUGAAGAUGACAAAGUUUAUUUUUUCUUCCGUGAAAAUGCAAUUGAUGGAGAACAUUCUGGAAAAGCUACUCAUGCUAGAGUAGGUCAGAUAUGCAAGAAUGACUUUGGAGGACACAGGAGCCUGGUGAAUAAAUGGACUACCUUUCUCAAAGCCAGGCUCGUUUGCUCUGUGCCAGGUCCCAAUGGCAUUGACACCCACUUUGAUGAACUACAGGAUGUAUUCCUAAUGAACUCUAAAGAUCCCAAAAAUCCAAUUGUCUAUGCAGUGUUUACAACAUCAAGCAACAUCUUCAAGGGGUCGGCUGUGUGCAUGUACAGUAUGAGUGAUGUACGGAGGGUGUUCCUUGGCCCGUAUGCUCACAGAGAUGGUCCCAACUACCAGUGGGUGCCAUAUCAAGGGCGAGUCCCCUAUCCACGGCCGGGAACUUGUCCAAGUAAAACAUUUGGUGGAUUUGACUCAACAAAGGACCUUCCUGAUGAUGUUAUAACUUUUGCACGAAGUCAUCCAGCUAUGUACAAUCCAGUUUUUCCUAUUAACAACCGUCCAAUAAUGAUCAAAACAGAUGUCAAUUAUCAGUUUACUCAAAUUGUAGUAGAUCGAGUGGAUGCAGAAGAUGGCCAGUACGAUGUCAUGUUUAUUGGAACAGAUAUUGGUACCGUUCUUAAAGUAGUCUCGAUUCCUAAGGAGACAUGGCAUGAUUUAGAAGAAGUUCUGCUUGAAGAAAUGACAGUUUUUCGGGAACCAACUACUAUCUCAGCAAUGGAGCUAUCCACUAAACAGCAACAACUGUAUGUCGGUUCAACUGCCGGGGUUGCGCAGCUGCCUCUGCACCGGUGUGACAUUUACGGCAAAGCCUGCGCGGAGUGCUGCCUGGCUCAGGACCCUUACUGUGCUUGGGAUGGCUCAUCAUGCUCUCGCUAUUUCCCUACUGCAAAAAGACGUACAAGACGGCAAGAUAUAAGAAAUGGAGACCCGCUCACUCACUGUUCAGAUUUACAACACCAUGAUAAUCACCAUGGCCACAGCCUGGAGGAGAGAAUCAUCUAUGGAGUAGAGAAUAGUAGCACAUUCUUGGAAUGCAGUCCAAAGUCUCAGCGAGCUCUGGUUUACUGGCAAUUCCAGAGGCGAGAUGAAGAAAGAAAAGAAGAGAUCAGAGUGGAUGAUCAUAUCAUCAGGACAGAACAAGGACUCCUACUACGCAGUCUGCAGAGGAAAGAUUCGGGCAAAUACUUGUGCCAUGCAGUGGAGCAUGGGUUCAUGCAAACACUUCUUAAAGUGACCCUGGAGGUCAUUGACACAGAACAUUUGGAAGAACUUCUUCAUAGAGAUGAUGAUGGAGAUAGCUCUAAGACCAAAGAAUUGUCCAACAGCAUGACACCCAGCCAAAAGAUCUGGUACAGAGACUUCAUGCAGCUCAUCAACCACCCCAACCUGAACACCAUGGAUGAGUUUUGUGAACAAGUUUGGAAAAGGGACCGAAAACAACGUCGGCAGAGGCCAGGACAUUCUCAAGGGAGCAGUAACAAAUGGAAGCACUUGCAAGAAAAUAAGAAAGGUAGAAACAGGAGGACCCACGAAUUUGAGAGGGCCCCCAGGAGUGUCUAAGAAGCAUUACCCUUGGAAACCUCAAACAAGUCGAAACCUUGCCUAGACAAUAACUGGAAAUAAAAUGCAAUAUACGUGAACUUUUUUUCAUGGCAUUAUGUGGAUGUUUACAAUGGUGGGAAAUUCAGCGGAGUUCCACCACUUAUAAAUUAAGUCCAUGAGUUACUUUCCUACCAAGCUUUCUCCUUAAUUCCAACACCUAAUAGAGAACACAGGUGAGCUUGAAAGUUUGUUUCAGCAGACUUCAUGUUUUCCUGGGAGAUUUCAUUGUACAGGUUUCAUGUUCUUCUUUGCCUGAGAAAUAAAAAUGACAUUUGCCAUAUUGACAUGAAAAAAAAAAAAAACUGCAUCAGCAAAGCCAUUUUAUUGAACUAGAAUUUCAAAAUAAACUGCAUGGAUUUACUAACUGAUGAAUAUUCCCAAAUGUGAUUGGAUUCAAGGAUAUUUUUGUCUACCAGCACUCGUGUUUGUAUGUACUGGAGGGGUAACAUAAGUAAAACGAUACUGAAUGAAAUGGUCUGUGGAAAUAUUUUAAAAAAGGCAUAAACCAUCCAUCAUGCAGAAGAAAAAAUGGAAUACACUGAUCUACUACUGAUGUCUUCUUUCAGCUUUGACCUAAAGAUGUAUUUUAUUAAAACCAUAAUUUAAAUGUACCAUGACAAAUAUGCAGUAAAAAAUAGUUGUUUUCUAAGCUAGAGUAGGUUUCUUACAGUUAUCGUGCUAUAUAGUUUGUUUUAAAAAUUCCAAUUGUGUGCUGCUUUUUUCCACUUUUGUUUUCAAUUCUGUAGGUGAGAUAACUGAUAUUUCUCUAGAGACAUGUCUACAUUAUUAAUUGUUAAUUCUCAAAUAAAGAUAUGAAUUAUACUUUAGUUCUCUGAGGAAAUCAAAGAAAAAGAAGCUGUUCACAACUCCCCUUCUUCAAGUAUUAUCUAAGUUAAUUCUAGCAUGUGUAAUGUUCUUAGAAAACCAGAAAAUUAAGACAACAUAAAAGGAAAGAAAAAUCAGUUUAUUAAAUACAUUUUAUGACAUUCAGUGGAUAAAUGAAAAGAAAGUUUCAUCAGAGUUAUAAGCACUGUCUUUGUAUAGUAUUAACAGAAAACAUCUCUUAAUUCUGUGCUUGAAAUCACACAUGGUGGUUUGAGACAUAAGACCUCUGUAAUAAUUUCAAUAGAAAUUAUUUCAGUCAAUAUUUGAUUUUGGAAAUAAGAGAGGAAUCAAACCUAUGCAGAACAACAUUAUAAAAUCAUAUUCCCCAACUGUUCCUUUCUGAGUCAGCUGCUUCUUAUCUAACUUUGUUUGAACAAAUUAUACACACACACACAAACACACACACACACUCACAUGCACACACAUAUAUAAAGGUUAUAUGACUCUUCACAUAAACAGGAGUGACAUUUACACAAACUAUUUUCCAGGACAUAACCCACAUUUAGAAAAUGUAAACUUCUUUUCCUUUUUCCAUAAUAAUUUAGAAAAUAAAAUAAAGCUUUUUAAAUUAAGAAUCUCUUUGUUAUCUGAAGAUGAUUCCUUGAGAAUAAUUGACAUCAAGAUAACUAUGAUUUUCAGCAUAAUCCAUUUUGUGCUCCGUGUUCACACUUCAGAUAUUCCUACCUACGUCUUCACCAAGCACAAAAAUGAAAAUAUACUAUUGCUAAUGAAUGAAGUGACAUUGAAAUUUUAACUGUGGUGUCUUGGGAUUUUAAUUAGCUCAGCAUUAAUUUCUCACCUCAGAACAUAUUGAAUUGUUAUUCCCUCUCAGUUAAAAUGUUUCACAGAUGGGAGUUCAUGUUUCAGUUUUAAUGACUAUUCAAAUAAACAAUUUGUUGACAUUUAUUUCAAAUAAAAAUCUUAAAAAUUCAUCAGAUUUUAGGUUCAAUUGACUAAUCAGGGUAUUGCUUUAGGAAGUGUGUCCUCAAAUGAAAGAUGAAUUUUAAAUUGUUUGAAGAACACACACCUAUACAUAAAAUAGUGCUUGAAAUAUAAAUCAAAGAACAGAAUGCUUCAAAUAUAGGGCCUACUUUUAUUUUGGUAUAUUUGUCUUAACGAUACUAAAAUUCAGUGUUGUAUUUCAUUCUAAGCUAAUUUCAUUCCAAACAAAUUUGUUUGUAAUAGAAAUAUCUUAUUUCUUCUGGUCCUUAACAAUGAAGGAUUUGCAGGGAGAGAGAUUGUAUGACACCCUCGUGGAAGCCUUCCAAAAUCUAAAUGCAUUUUGUUUAACAUUAUGGAAUAUCAAUAGAAAAAAUAUCCUUCAAUUAAAAGUAUCAGAAACAAACAAAUCUACUAGCAUGUCCUUAUAAACCAUGAGGUCCACAUUUUUAAAGAAAAUUAUAGAAGUAACUUACAAACAAAUAAUUCCCAUUACCAUCAUAAUCUUCUGCCAAUAUGUAUUGAGAGAGGGUAGUUUGCACGAAAAAGAACUAGUGUCCCAUUAAAUAAUUCAGUUUUCAUAGACUUUGGCAUAUGCAUGUAAAAUCAGAACUUGGCUAAGAGACUCAAGAAGUGAGUCUUGGGCAGUUUAUAACAGCCAUCUUCAUGUAUGAAAACGGUGUAUCACAACUGAGGAAUUGCUAUGCCCCUUUGAAAUCAAAUGUAAAAUGUUAACGCAUGCAAAUGCACACACUUUAUGCUUAUUUUUUGUAUGAUUUAGUGACUUUUAAUGGUAUGUGCUUAAUACAUUUGCUACCUACACAUUAGGCAAAAGAAAUGUAAAUAAUUUUGAAAAGAAGAACAGUGUAAAAUACAAGUCUCUCUAAACACUCCAUUUUAGUGUAUUGAAUCUUAUUUUAAAUGCAAGAUUUGCCCACACAGGGGACAAAAGUGGCUUCUGUACUAUUUAGGGGCAGAAGAUAUGUGCCUAUUCAGUAAGCAUGCUUCUUGCCAGGUAGCAAGUAUGUUCCAUAUCUGUAUCUGUCACUGCCUUUCAGAUGGGAACGAGAAAACUGAAGAGAAAUGUAAUGAAACUGCUGCUGUAAAUUAUUCCUUCUAGCAUGUAUUCACUUGCUAAAUACACAUUUCUUCAAAAUAUUUGAAUUCAGAUGUCUUUACUGUUCCCUGUACCAUAUGGUGUUAAGGAACAUAAGCUUAGACAAAUUUGGGAAGCACAGUCAGGUUGCUGCAUAAUUAGAUAGCAGAUUUCUUCAUUGUAGUCAUCUGUAUACUGGAUUCUAUAUUUAUGGUAAUGAUGUGAAUUUUAUGCCCUUUAAAUUAAAUAUUGCUUGCUUUAUGUCAUACCAGAAAAGAAAAUAUGGAGAUGAAGCUUUAUAGUGUUAUCAUUAUAACAAACAGUUUGCUUUCAUUCAGGAGCUAUAAAAAUGCUAGAUGACUAGCACAGGGAAGCUUUUACUAAUAUGGAGUCACUGCUAUAACUUUAUUUAAAGAAUUCUAUAUCUUAUGAAUUCAUUUUUUACAUAAUUUCAAUUUAAUAGAAAUCUGUUCAUUUUCAAAUCUAUUAUAUUUCAAUUUAACAGAAAUAUACCAUGGUUUCAAAAACAAACUUAACAAAUUGAAUUUAACAUCACCUCAUUGUAUGAUAAAAUGUUAUCAAUAAGCUGUCCUAAUGCCAAUGGCACCCAUGGUUUUACUUUAACCUUCUCCAAAACAGUUAUUUCAAAGUCGAUGUUAAUAUUUGCAAAAAAAUGUUUUCAUACAGAAGAAAACAUUAAUCUAUUCAUAAUCUACUUAAUUCAUUGCUGCAUGAUUACUUUAUUAAUGAUACUGUAUUUUAUUAAUAAAAUUAUUGAUUGAUUAA